GCACUAUUUUAUUUAUCAUUAUAAUCGGGCAAUAACCUGCCGCCGCGGUGCAUUGUGGGGCUUGUAGUCUCGCUCAGGGCAGAGCAGCGUGGCCGUGCUGUUGACGCUUCGUGGCAGAGCUUUUUCAUUGACUACAGACGCAGCUUCUAGACUUUUACAAAAAAUGGCCCUAACCAAAGAAAACUGCAGAUUGGAAGAGGUGCUGAUCAAGAUCCCUGUUGGGGAGAUUCAAAUUUCGGGAUGUGAACUGGGAAUACAUGAGAUCAAAUUUCUGAAUUGUGAUGCCACUGAAUCAGGGGCCGAGGAUGCCUCCGCGUCUUUCAAGGUAUGCGAGGGCCCUGAGGAAAUGAUCGCUCCGCUGAAACAGUGCGCCGACUGGCUGCGAGCCUACUUCUGUGAGCCCUGGCUGAUAGAGAAAUACCCUACCCCUGCUUUCCACCAUCCACUCUUUCAGAAAGACUCAUUCCAGAAAAACGUGCUGUUGGUUCUGCUGAAGAACGUGACGAUGGGAAAGACGAUCACCUACAAGGAACUCGCUGAGCUCAGCGGCAACGCCAAAGCUGCGAGAGCCGUGGGAGGAGCCAUGAGAAACAACCCGGUGCCACUUAUUGUACCGUGCCACCGGGUGAUCUGCAGCGACGGAAAACUUGGCAACUACAGCGGUGGCAAAAGAAACAAUGUGAAACUCUGGCUUCUGGCACACGAGAAGCAUGUGAACGAAAUGUGAAACGUGUUCUUUAGUGCCUUCACCCAGAGCUGUACGGCAGCCAAAGCAUAUAACCCCGGCACAACGCUCUGUAAGCUUUCACGCCGCGCAAGUAGGAAUUCAGGAAAAAAAAAAAUUGUAAAUAUUUGAGUGGCAUAUAAAUAUAAUACAGCAUCCGAUGCGAAAUGUGUGGUGGCACUACUAUAUUAAAAAGGCUGGAUGUGUCCUGGGGGACGCAGCUUGUGUGCUUUGUCUUGUUUUAACAUUUUACAGCAGAAUGAGUACAGCAGACCCGAGCCUGUUGGUCUUGUAUUCUGUUUUCAUCUCCACUUCUGUUUUGUUCUAUUUUUAAUGCCCAUUAAAGCAAGGGAAAUAAAAAAAAA